GCGGCGACCAUUGAUAUGUUCUACAAGCAAAUUCCUACUGAGGACUGGUUUGUUGUUUUUCUUGUGUGUUCUGACCCUCCUCUCUCUCUUGUCGUGUUCAUCCAGGAGUUGGAGAAAGCCCUGUCAGAGCAGGACCUGAACUUCCUCAGGGACCUCAUUGCUUGUCUUCUGCAAGGCUGCUACCAGCGCAAUGAUAUCACCCCUCAGGCAUUUAGCAGUUACCUGGACGACGUCAUCAGCUACCGGUGGGAGCUGGAAGAAGGGAAGCCCAACCCACUUCGAGAGGGUCCCUUCGAGGACCUCCCUCCUCGCACUCAGGUGGAACUGCUGCACCGGCUGUGCGACUACCGUCUAGAUGCCGCUGAUGUGUUCGACCUGCUCAAGGGCCUGGAUGCAGACAGCCUGAGAGUGGAACCACUGGGGCAGGAUGGAAAUGGAGCCCUCUACUGGUACUUUUACGGCACUCGCAUGUACAAAGAAGAACCAACCAAGAGGAAAGCAGAGAAAAUGGGUGAAGCCACUGAGCUGACGUUACCAGAAAAGAAAAGGGGAAGACCGCCAAAGAAGAUAAAACUGGAAGAGCCUCAGCUGUGUAAGCUGGAAAACGAAGUGACGACAGAAAAAGGGCCGCAAGAUCUCCCCCCUAGCACAGGCCGCAAGCGAGGCGCUUGGUCGCUCGUGUGCGACACGGAGGAGCAAUGGGUCAGUCUGGUCGAGAGCAUCCAGGACAAACCCUCCCCCCAGGACCGCCACCUCCACCGGGUCGUCAGCCAGAACUUCUUGCCCGAGAUCCGCAGCAUGAUCGAGCACAAGGAGCGGGAGCAGAAACAGAGGCUACUGGACCCGGCCCCAGUUCGCAUAUCACAGCGCUUCUCAGGAAAAGACUUUAACCGAGAGCACGAGGACAAUGUGAGGGCCAUAUCACAGGAGGAGGAAAAGAAGAAAGACAAAGAGCUGGACAGGCAGGUCCUGCUGGCCGAGCAACGACGCAAAGAGGAAAGGCUCCAUCAGGAGGAGCAGCAGAGAGAGAAGAUGGAGAAGAUCAAAGCUGUGGAGGAGCGAGCCAAGAGGCGGAAGAUGCGAGAGGAAAAGGCCUGGUUACUGUCAGGGAAAGACCUGCCACCUGAACUCCUGAAUCUGGAGCCUUCUUCUCCCGUCCACAGAACACGCAAGAAUAAAGCGUUCUAUGAAAUUGAUGACGACUACACUACUCUGUACAAAGUGCUCGAGGUUUUGAAAGCCCAUAAAGACGCUUGGCCUUUCUUGGAGCCUGUGGAUGAUUCCUACGCCCCCAAUUACCACGAGAUCAUCCAGACACCAAUGGACCUGUCCACCAUUGAAAAGAAGCUCAAUGAUGGGGACUACGUUGCCAAGGAGGAGUUUGCCGCCGACGUGAAGCUCAUGUUUGAGAACUGCAUCGAGUACAAUGGAGAGAACAGCGAGUACACCAUCAUGGCCGAGUCUCUAGAACGGUGCUUCAGCCGGGCCCUAUUGAAACACUUUCCGUCCGAGGACGGCGACACGGACGAGGAGUUCCACAUCAGCAGCGAAGACAAGGAGCGCAAGGACAAAAAGCGCAAUCGUGGCAGCAGUAAACAUUUGGGACCCGAAAGUCUGAUCAAAGGCACCGAGCAAGUCCAACACAAGAGAAACUCCCAAGGGGGCAAGGGCAGCUCCCACCCCGAAGAGAACAACAGACGGACGCGUCCGCCUCCCUCCCUUCACUGGGCCAAUGCCCCCCCUCAUCACCAAAGCCAGCAGCACAUUCACCGAGGAGAAAUCAGGGGCAUGUACCACCCAGGACAACAGCUUCUUGGUCCGCCCGGUCCUCAUGGUCCACACAUGUAUGGCCAGAGAAUGGCCAUGGAUCCCCGCUUCUCUUAUCCAGCGCAUAUUCCCAGGCAUGGCGACCCCAGUUUGAACCGCUUGCCACACAACUUUAACAUACAGCAUCGCAUGGUUGAGGGACGGCACAUGGGUCGUAGGUAUCCAAUGGGACCAGAUCCUAACCAACACCAGCCGCAGCAUCCCUACAUGGGUCCAACUCACGGCCCGUCUCUUGGCCCGCGGCCCUUGGGCCUACAACCAGGACCUCCUCCCGAAGCCAGCAUGUAUCCAUCCCACCACCGUCCGGAGGGACACACCAUGAACCCCUUGGGAAACAGAUUCCUAGGGCCGGAAGGACCUCAGCACAACUACCCAGGCUUGAGGCCUCCCGGAAUGGGCCUGUCGAACAUGUGGACUGGUAUGAAUCACCAGGAGAGACCCAACGGGAUGGGAAUGCAAGAUCCCAACAUGGUGAACCAGCGCAACUUUAGUCACGGCGGAGUUCCCCCUCCAGUGGACCAUAAACCUUGGCCAGAGGCGGCUGGAUACCCCCACCCCUCGCCCAAUGCCCAGUAUCAAAUGUCCGCAGUGGUCGGUUCCCCGGGACCCAUGUCCUCCCGCUCCCCUGUUCCCCACCCAGACUCCUCUAGCAGGACACGCUUGGCUUCUAUGCUGCAGAGCCCGGAGAUGCUAGCCCUGCAGCAGCUGUCAGCCUCUUCUGGACCCCCUGCUGGUACCCCUCAUCAGCACAUCGGCAACUUUCAGCCGAAUGGGCCCCCGUCAGGAAUUGUCAGCAUCCCAGCUCACCCCUCUCAGCAGCCUCCCCCUGCCCCUGAGGUUCAGCUGCUGCGUCCCGCUACAGACAAUGGGCCAGACAGCCAGCCUUCUCAACAGACAGACAUGCGGCCCAAAGAAUCCGCCAACAUUUCGGAUGAAGCUUCAUUACACCAAGAGCCCCCUUCCAUUCGUAGCCCCACAGAAAGACUCACUGGGCUAUCAGAGAGAAUGCAGAGCCCCCCAGCUUCUAACUCGGGCAAAUUGGAGGAGAAUCCGUCUGGACUGAGGCUCUCCACAGCGAGCCACAAGCCUGAGGUAGAUGGCCAGAGACACUCUGCCAGCCAGUGUCCAACUGAACACAUGAGGGCCACGAGUGUUUUGUCCUAUCUCAACUCCAGUAACAACAGCACCACUGACCACGCCCACCCCAACCACCCGCAGCCAAUGCAUGACACCCCACGGCAAAAAGCUCGAAGCCCCGCCCUUCUUCACCAGAACUUGCCGCCGCUGCGUUCCCCUCAGCGAAUGUUGGAGAGCAACCCGUCACACGUACAGGAUGCACACCGGCAAAGUGAGCAGCAGCGACCUCAGGCGAGCCAGAGCACGCCGCUCCAAUGCCCCCCUCAGAGCUCUCCCCAGCCGGUAAGCUCUCUCCUUCCCCCUCAUUGCGUCCCCCAAAACACCUCUCCACGCCCUACACAGAGCAGUCCCAUGCACGGGAUGCCACAGAAUGCCACACAAGGAGCCCAGCCUGGACCCCCUCAUCCAGUUCCCCUCACCUGGCUGCCACCCAGCCGUCCCACCCCUCUGCUACCGUCCCAGCCGAGCCCAGCCGACCAUGGGAAUCAAAGACCCAGCGAGCCUCCGAGCAGAACGGACAAAGACGGCAACGCCGCCCCGCCGCUGCACAUGAUGAAAUCUGGGCCUUUGAAUGGCGUUUCCAAACAACAGGCUUUUAGCCCCAAUCCCCAUCAAACCCAGGUGUUGGGCGGUCACCCAGGUAUGCAGGCUCAGGGAGGGCCAGCGCCCGUUCACAAUCCAGCCAUGCCUCCUCACACCCAAGGCCAGGUAAAUGGAGCCAUGGGUCCGUAUGCCAUGGGGAACAAUCUACAUCCACACUACAGCCAAACAAACAUGACCCGGCCCAUGCCUCCGUCUGCUCACCACCCGUAUCACAACCAGGCCAUCAACAGCCUCCACGGUUACCGCCAGCAGGGAGGGACCGCCUACCCGUACCACGCACCAGGCCAACAGCACCCUCAGGCCCACCCCAACGUGUACCCGAGUCAUCAGUACCAGCAACACCACUACUUCCCGCAACCCCACUCACAAGCUCCGAUCCACAACCAGGCCAACGGCAGAGGAGGUUACCCUCCGGAGGAGUGGCACCGGCCUCACUAUCAGCCUCACCAACCCAUGUCGCCCAAUGGCUACCUACGUGCAGCCGGCGCCAGAGGCAACGGGCAGCUGAAGGAGAGCAGUGUGUCGCCGCUGGGCUCCGAGGGCUCCGGCUUGAUGUCCCCCGGCCCCGUGGCCGAAGUAGCGCCACGCCCCGUCGGCCCGGAGGAGAGGAAGUGCGAAAGCAGCGAUUGCGGCAGCCCCGCCAAGCGGGCCCACGAGGAGAGCUCAGAGCGGCCCGAGAGCCCGAGGGACAUCCUGGACCUGGACAGCCACAACGCCGCGGCCCGCCGCCGCAGCACCCAGCAGCACAUGGUGUCCGGCUUCAUGUUCGACCCUGGUACCGUGCACCCCGGGAUGCAGCACGGCGGCGUUCCUCCGUCCCACAUGAUUUUUCCGACCCGUGGAAACGCCGACGGAGUUCCCUACCAUGGCCGGCCGUACCUGGAUCCGGGACGCUACGCCGCCCAAAGACCACACUCGCAUCUGAUGGAGGCGCUGCAGCGGCCCCAGCAGCUGCCUUACUUGCCGGGUCAGACGCGCAUGGUCAUGUACAGACACCCUCGGCCCGCAGGAAACUUCCAAUGCAUGAUGAUUCAGCAGAGAGGCAUGGCACCAGAACACUUCCUACACCCUGGGCAGCAGAUGAUGGCGGCUCCAGGCGGCCCGAUAAGUAAACAAGGAGUGUGACAGGAACUGUUUUCGGAAUAUGUUCUUAUCAAACCGGAGGAAGUACUGAGCCAAGAGGAAUAAUACGUGGGUACGCAGACUGAAACCGUAGAAUGGACCCUUUGCUCCAUGUGCAUUUCUUAAGGAUUUUCUUACACUGGACAAGAACCUUCUUGGCCCUGUGUUUCGCCCACCGCUGAACUUUGAGGAUCCAACCGGGGAGCUGGUUGACCCAAGACAAUAACAAUAAUGUGAAAUGUGAAUGUGUCCUUCUUGCGGGACCGGCAGCAGAUUUCACUGACCAGCUCACCACGAGAUGAGUUUGAGCCUCCAAAGGGCCGCAGCCGCCAACCCAACCAACACUGAGGCCCCCCCUUCACGAACACUGGACUGACCUCUGCCCUCUGAGCGAUCGGAGAUAUGAGUAAUGGAUUAAAGGACACUGAACACAGCCUGCCUUUGUUGUCCUUGUGACUGUCCCUAGUUGAUGGAGCCGUUGAUCUACUGAGUGAACUGAGCAGGGCUGUUAUGAAGAUGAGAGGGACUGCUGUUGAUUUAUCUUUUUAAUUUUAUAUGCUGUUAUUUUCUGUUCCAACCCUACUUUUAAACUCAGGUGUAGAAAAGGAGGUACUAAUAGACUGUCACCCUCCCCCAGUCAAAAUCACAGGCCCCUUGUAAUUGCCUUGAUUACCUUUUUGUGAAUGUAUGAGCGAAUGUGUAGACAAUACGGUGUGUGCAUCAGAUUAUCUGCGUGUGAAGGUACACAAACACUGAUCAUUUGUCCAAAGCAGAACCGUCCUGAAGAAAGCCCAGUUACUGUCCACUUUCACCCCAAUGCGCAUUUGUUCUUCUACUUCCAGAGUAACUAUGUGCACCUUUCAUAGCUGCCUUCAUUGUCAAGAAUGUCUUGGACUAGGAGAGCGGGACUGGCAGAAAUAGUGCGAUUCAUAUCCAGACUCAACACAACUCUCUGGGAUGCACUGUGGAUUUUAGUCUGCAGAUCUCGUGGCCUUUGGUAGACCUGUUUCUAGUCCUACACAUAUAGUAUGUAUGAAUAUAUAUCCUUUAUCUCCUGUCCCGGACUGGGCGAAAUUCUAAAAUGACAUAUUCUGCUAUCUGAUAAAUGCAGAAAAAACACCCUAAAAUCCUGACUAUUAACACAUAAAAGUGUGUACUUUCUUUUUUUCAUUCGCGGCUCAUUUCUCUGCGUAGUUGAUUCUCUGAUUGCUUCCUCUUCCCCAUGUUGAUACUAAACAGGUCCUCGGGGGGUAUAGUUUCUAUAUACGGGUAUUUUUCUGCAUUAUUUGAAGGAGGAGCAGCAUAAAGAAUAAGGGACUGAAACUGGCAAACGGAUCCACCUCACCACCAACACCAACACCUGUCUUUGUUUUUUGUGAAGUGAGAUGAAUCAAAUAUGGGUUAUUCCACAUUCCUGUUGAUUAGAUGUCUUUUGAGUUUUUUAAAAUCACAAUUCAUUUAGGAAUAGGACACAUUUUUAAAGGGCUACCAAUGCAUUUUCUAAUGAAUUGAAAAUGUCCGUCGACGCUCCGCCCUGCACCUUCACCUCGUCGUAUCCACGUCGCGUCUGUGAAAGCCCACCUGUGCAGUUUAGUGAUGACAGUAAAUUAAUCUACCUCAUUGGCAUCAACUGAGUCUCUGAAACUUCUUUCUCCUGCUCUGCGGGUCAACACGUUGUGACCAGCUGAUGAUUUUUAGCACAACUAUUAUUGUGCAGUCUUUCAGAACUGAAAUGAAUGAAAUGGCCUUACGACCCGCUUUGGUCACAGGUUGCCGUGUCGGACGUCUGUGCCGACCGGCAGACGUUUAUGUAAAUUAAUCAGUCUUUGAAUCAUUUUAAGGGGACGGCACUUUCAGCAUUUUUUUUUUUGAAGUGUUGAGGGCAAUACAACGCUGCAUGUCCGGAGCAGCAGUCUGUAAAUUGGUCUCAAGCUGCGUUCCAGUCUCUGGUCUCUUAAUAGAGCGCACAGAGACGUGCCGUCAUAAUGGGUUUACGAUGUUCUUCAGUAGUAGGUACCUAAGGCGUUGCGGGGAAAUCUUUCAGUAUGGUGGAAUAGAAAAGUACUAGAAGCUGUGAGCAAAAUGUUCUAAAUGUGUCGCACAAGACUAUUUAGUGGAAAUAGGCAGUGGUUUCAAGUUGUGCCCAAUAGGUCACUUUUCAGGUAGUGUGUUCACUCGCGCUGUCUAAUGCAUGAAGGACAGUGUGGAUGUCUGAGGUUGUACCUGUGCGUGUGCAUGUGUGUGCGUGUGCGUGUGAGUGUGUAUGUGUGUGUGUGUGUGUGUGUGUGUGUUGCUGGUGUGGAAUUGGCACCAGAUGAUCGGAAGUGUGCGUUCAUCUCUCACUUUUACUCUGCUGUCCUCCCUGCACUAGUGAAAACCAUUUAGACGUGAUUUAAAUGUGAAUCAUAUUUAUUUUCCUUCUUAAGCAUCUUUGUACAUUUGAUGACUUGUUUUAAUAUAAAUGUGAUGUACGUUUCUGUUCUUUUUUUUCUCUUUCAAGCAGUUGUCUUUUACCUCAGUGGCAUGGUGGCGUUUAAAUAAGAACUGCGUUUAAUUUUCAGCGACGUUUACAAGUUCUUAUCUGACUGACAUAGAUUAUUUUGGAAAUGGAACAGAGUAUUUUCUAUACUGUACAUUUCUUAGAAAUAAAUGACUUUUCUCCAA